AUGUCGUCUCCUCAGCAGCAGCAGCACCAGCAGCGACAACAAAGGCAGCGACACCAUGCUAUGCGCCUGCCUGCUGCUGCCCCCGCCGUUGUCGUGGCCUCGACGGCUCCUGCUGGCUGCUGCCGCUGCUCCUCUGUUGCUCCACGUCCCGCACUCGGCCAGUCCAGGGAGACGCGCGCAGCAUCCACGACGAAACGGCGCACGGCGGCAUUCGCCGUGACUGCCCCCUCGCCUCGGUGGAUUGCGCCUUCGACUCCAGCCUUUGAGCGCGUCUGGCCCUUCACCCAGCACAAGCUCCUCCACUGUGCCCCAGGCUGCGCAUUCAACCACGGCUACACCCCCGGCAAGCUACGACUCCCGCCUGUCACUCGGUCCGGUGUCCCUCGACGGCUGCAACCUACAAACCCCCUCCUACCCUCCCCCAUUGAAACUGCUCUUGUAACCACGAGGGCCAUGGCUGAUACUGCUGGCUAUCCAACUGACGCAAAGUUGGACUCACACAACGUACACAACAACAAGCGAAAGCGCGACACACGCGAUCAGGGUCUCAGUCGACCCGCUCCCCACAACGGCCUCGACGACCAGACCACUGCCUCCUUUCUUGCCGCACACAACGCUGCCAACGACGACAUGCAGCAACAAUUUGACGUACAUCAGAAUGGGGGUACAAACACAGCCAGUGUAGGCGAUACCGCUGCUGCCGCACUAGCCUACCACCAGAUGACGGUUCCUCAGCCGACUGAGCUGCAAUUCCAGACGCAGGGCAGCGGAGAUGGAUCUUUCGGUAUGGGCGAUCACCAUCAACAGCAAACAGUCGACUUUAGUCUGGAGGCCUUGAAAGCUGCUACACAGUCUGGCCGUUCCGGCCAGCCGUCUGCAAGCGACUCGCCACCGCAAAGUGCCUCCCACAAGCCUCCUGUAGGUUCCGAGGAAUGGCACAAGGUCCGCAGGGACAACCAUAAAGAAGGUAAAAGUCUCCACACUCUUUCCCCAUACCCAGCAGCUAAUAGCGCACCAGUUGAACGCCGCCGCCGUGAAACCAUCAACGAAGGCAUAAACGAAUUGGCCAAGAUUGUGCCUGGUUGCGAGAAGAACAAAGGUUCUAUUCUUCAACGGGCGGUACAAUUCAUAACGCAGCUAAAGGAGAAUGAGCAACAAAAUAUCGAAAAGUGGACACUGGAGAAACUCCUCACAGAGCAAGCGAUUACCGAGCUCAGCACCAGUUGCGACAAAUUCAAGGCCGACUGUCAGCGAGCAUGGGAUGAGUGUCAGAUUUACAAACGCGCCUGCGAGAACAACGGGAUUGUGCCAGACGAGAUCAAAGAGCGUCAAGAAAAUGGUGAACAAAGUGGUCAAGGCCAGUUAUAG